AGGGAAAGGGUGCUGUGCUGUACCAAAAUAUAUCUACAUCCAGCUCCAGCGGCAAAAUCCGGCGGCACCCACAUCCACAGCAACAGCAAAUAUACAAUUCCCAUAGCAUUUUUUUUGCUUUGGGCAGUCAAGCAAAUUACGUACUAGAAUUCUAACGAAAUGGAGCGAGGAAAAGAGCAAGGAAUGGUAGUCACCAGGUUGAUGCCUCAGCAAAACCCUCUGGAACAAUUGCAAGCCAAGUUCAAGGAAGUGGAGAACGGGUUUAGGGCAUGGCUAGCCAAGCAGUCCAUGCCAGUCGAGGCGGCUGUGGUAACCGCCGCCAGCGCUGCUCAGGGUGCUGCUAUUGGUGCUUUCAUGGGUGCCCUCACCAACGAUGUCUCCUCCUCUCUUCCAACUCCUCCUCAGGCUUCUCUCAAUCCUCAAGCCAUGGCUUCUUUCAAGCAAGCCCAGGCUCUAUCAGGAGGUCCCCUAGUACAAGCUCGCAAUUUUGCUGUGAUGACGGGUGUCAAUGCUGGCAUAUCUUCUGUUAUGAAAAGAUUGAGAGGGAAGGAGGAUGUUCAAUCUAGCAUGGUGGCAGCUUUUGGUUCUGGGGCCAUGUUUUCUUUAGUGAGUGGCAUGGGUGGCCCAAAUCAAGCUGCAAAUGCAGUCACUUCUGGACUUUUCUUCGCACUUGUUCAAGGCGGGCUCUUCCAGUUAGGGCAAAAGUUUUCUCAACCACCUGCUGAGGAUGUGUACUAUUCCAGAACAAGGUCCAUGUUAAAUAGUCUUGGGCUCCAGAACUACGAGAAGAAUUUCAAGAAAGGCUUGUUAACAGAUAGCACGUUGCCUUUGCUCACUGAUAGUGCUCUUAGAGAUGUGAAUAUACCCCCUGGACCCAGGCUUCUUAUUCUUGACCAUGUUCAGAGGGACGCAGAAUUGAGAGAGAAGCGAGGAAGCCGUGGGUGAAGUUCUGUUGUUAAGCUGGUUCACCAUGAAGGGGCAUUUUCCUAUAUAUCUGAAACUAAAGAAUAGGGGAUUAGUUUGUUUCUUUUUCAAUGAAAUGAAUUCCUUUUUGUCUCUGUUGUUCUUAACAUCCAGUUUCGAUAAACAUGCUUGUUUAGAGUUCUUUAAACCAGUUUGCUCUAGCUUUAAUUUAUUGAGUAGUUUCAGUUGCUGUUAUACUAAACAUCGGAUGAAGAUGCUAAUGCAGUAAUUUUGGAGUUUGGCCUAUGCUUUUUCUAGCCCAAUCUCAACAGGGUUAACGCAGCUGCUAUAACCAGUAAGUUUGCUGUCCCUUGUUAGCAUCCAAAUGUGUGGUAAGUUCGAUAUGAUAAUAAUAGGACUCCUGUACUGGAAUAUAAGCUGUUUGAAUUCCUGGGAAACGACCAAUGUUGUGAAUCAUGCAAUCACUUAAUGUCCGGGUGUUCUGAACUUUCUUUUGGAUGAGUUAACUUGCAAGUAUAGUGAAGAUGAUGGAAUUAUGCAGUCUGCUAUGUUGCUGUUGGGGUGAAAAGGUGGUUCCUAGUAAUAGCAUCGGUAGGUACCUAAGAAUGCAGAGAGUGGUGAAAUGAAAUUAAGCAAGGCGUUCUAAUAAUUGAAGGGUCUGUUCAGUAUUAAGUUCUUUUCCUUUUCCAUAACCUGGACCGCCCGCAAUUUUGGCAACCGUCAGUAUCCUGGUUCCUUUUCACUGGCCGCCUUUACUGUUCGUCUAGGAGAGGUUUUUCCUUGUAUAAAGGAAAACGUCGUAAGAGAAAAAUGAAAAAUUGGAAGGCAAAAAUAUGAAUAGUAGUAUGGGCCCCGCAUAAAUUAAGCCCUUGAUGGACACUUUUGUGGCCAUGGUCUUCCAGAAACGUGGAACGGGUGGACCAACCUCACCGAACAGCGGCUAUCAGCCCAGCAUAGCUUGCCUAGCAUUUCAUUUCGCUGGUAGGACUUGGAUUGCGUCACUGUGUAUCGAUCUCGAUUUGUCU